AUGGCCGCCACCCGCUCGGUCGCGAGGCUAGUCGCCUACCGUCGGCCGACCCCCUUCGGAUUGCUGGGCUCGACCGCAAACUUCUCUUCCUCGACGUACCGCGCAGCAAGCCCAGCGGGACCCCCUCAGGCCGGAGAUCUUCCGCGGCAUGUACGUGGUGCUCGAGCAGUUUUUCAGACCACCUUACACCAUCUUCUACCCCUUCGAGAAGGGUCCUAUCUCCCCCGUUUCCGUGGUGAACACGCUCUCCGCCGGUAUCCCACUGGUGAAGAGCGCUGCAUUGCUUGCAAGCUCUGUGAGGCCAUCUGCCCGGCCCAGGCUAUUACCAUUGAGGCCGAAGAGCGUGAGGACGGAAGCCGCCGGACGACCCGUUACGAUAUUGAUAUGACCAAGUGCAUUUACUGUGGCUACUGCCAGGAGAGCUGCCCUGUGGAUGCUAUCGUUGAGACCUCCAACGCCGAGUAUGCCACCGAGACUCGCGAGGAGCUUCUGUACAACAAGGAGAAGCUCCUCUCCAACGGUGACAAGUGGGAGCCUGAGAUUGCAGCUGCUGCUCGUGCAGAUGCUCCCUACCGAUAA